AUCUUGUCCCAUUUUGCCUUCCUACUGCUUACCUUUAUGUUCUUCCAGAUGAGACAAUUUGAGUAAAAUGUUAAAUAUUAAUUAUGCUUAAUAAGGAAUGUGAUUAAGAAUGAGAUUAUUUUGCUAAAUCAUACUGUAAUACUGAAACUAAAAUAAUGUUCUUUUCUGUUGAAUAAAAAUAAAUUAUCCUUGUAGCCUGUAGGUGACUGUUCCAGUCAUGUGCGGUGUGCGCAGCCGCGCACCGACCCAUUCAGUGUGGCUAAACCCAGUAUAUAUAAUCAUAUCUACUUUUUGGUAUUCUUCAAAAUUUUCAAAGUUGUCUAUUUCACUAUAAUUUGCAAGAAAAAAUGGAGAUAGACUCAGAUAUUGUCAUUGUUGGAGCUGGAAUUUCUGGUCUUGCUACUGCUUUAGCACUUCACAGGUUGGGAAUUAAAAGCUUAGUGUUGGAAUCAUCUGAUAUCCUGAGGGCAGCUGGAAUCGCUUUCACAACAUGGACAAAUGCUUGGAGAGCUUUGGAUGCACUUGGGAUCGGCGAUUCACUCAGGCAACAACAUGGCCAGCUAUUUGGGAUAUAUACUUCAUCUACAGUUACAGGAGAUGUGACUUCUUAUGUUCCGUUUACAAACAAGGGAAAACAUGGAGAUCAUGAAGUAAGGUGUGUGAGACGAAAAGCCCUACUCGAAGCACUUGCAAAAGAUCUACCAAAUGACACAAUAAGGUAUUCAGCUAAGGUGGUUUCUAUUGAAGAAUCAGGCUCCUUUAAGCUUGUGCACCUUGCUGAUGGUUCCACCCUUAAGGCCAAGGUAUUGUUGGGGUGUGAUGGAGUGACUUCAGUGGUGGCAAAGUGGCUCGGAUUCAAGAAACCGUCAUUGACAGGAAGAUCAGCUAUAAGGGGUUGUGCAUACUACAAGGAUGGCCAUGGUUUUGAGUCAAAAUUUCAGCAGUUUGUUGGGAAUGGUGUUAGAUAUGGUAUUGUUCCCUGUGAUGACACUGCUGUUUACUGGUUUUUGACUUGGUGUCCAUCAGUUCAAGAAAACAACACACUGCAAGAUGCUGAUCAACUGAAGCUGAAACAGUUUGUGCUAAGUAAACUAGGGAAGGUACCUGAACAAGUAAAAGCUGUGAUAGAAGACACAGAAUUGGAAGAAAUUGUACGUGCUCCACUAGGAUAUAGGCCUCCAUGGGAGAUUGUAUUUGGAAGCAUAAGCAAAGAAAAUGUAUGUGUAGCAGGUGAUGCAUGUCACCCAAUGACACCAGAUCUUGGACAGGGUGGAUGCUCAGCUCUUGAAGAUGGGGUCAUUCUUGCAAGAUGCGUUGCCAAUGCCUUAUUAAACCAUGAAAAUGAGGAUCAGUAUCAGAGGAUAAAGAAUGGGUUGGAAAAGUAUGCAAAGGAAAGAAGAUGGAGAGCAUUUGAUCUGAUUAGUACAGGGUAUUUGCUGGGUUGGAUACAGGAGUUUGACUGGUUUGGUAUGAGGUUUAUAAGAGAGAAAUUUCUUUCUGCAUAUCUUUCUGGAUUGUUUCUUAACAAGGCCGAUGUUGAUCUUACACAACUUGUGCUCGAAUCUUGAAUUUUGUGGUGAUACUAGUUUCUGCAUCACUUUUCUUUACAGUCUCAGAUUAGUGGCUUCUUGAGUGUAUUAUUGAAGCUUCCUGUUGUUGACUUUUAAGUAGCUCGAUUUUGUAAACUCUUACAUGCACUUGGUUGCACCUAAAGUGAGUUAGAUACUUGGAUGCACUUAAGGGUAUUGUUUUUUGCUCA